ACUGCUACGCUUGCGCGAGACAGCGAGGGGCGUGAUCCAGGCUCCAGGCCGGAAGCGGGAGGCUGGAGGGGCGGGCCGGCUGGUGUCCCCUUUCCGGCCGGUCCCCAUGGAGGCGCUGAGGAAGCUGAAGCAGUUCGAUGCCUACCCUAAGACUCUGGAGGACUUCCGGGUCAAGACCUGCGGGGGUGCCACGGUGACCAUUGUCAGUGGCCUUCUCAUGCUCCUGCUGUUCCUAUCGGAGUUGCAGUAUUAUCUCACUACUGAGGUGCAUCCUGAGCUCUACGUGGACAAGUCUCGGGGGGAUAAACUGAAGAUCAACAUCGAUGUUCUUUUCCCACACAUGCCUUGUGCCUACUUGAGCAUCGAUGCCAUGGAUGUGGCUGGGGAGCAGCAGCUGGAUGUAGAGCACAACCUGUUCAAGAAACGACUAGACAAGGAUGGUGUCCCCGUGAGCUCAGAGGCUGAACGGCAUGAGCUUGGGAAAGUCGAGGUGACAGUGUUUGACCCCAGCUCGCUGGACCCCAAUCGCUGUGAGAGCUGCUACGGCGCUGAGUCAGAAGAUAUCAAGUGCUGUAACAGUUGCGAAGAUGUGCGGGAAGCAUAUCGUCGUCGAGGCUGGGCCUUCAAGAACCCAGACACCAUUGAGCAGUGUCGACGAGAGGGCUUCAGCCAGAAGAUGCAGGAGCAGAAGAACGAAGGCUGCCAGGUGUUUGGCUUCUUGGAGGUCAACAAGGUGGCUGGAAACUUCCACUUUGCCCCUGGGAAGAGCUUCCAACAGUCUCAUGUGCAUGUCCAUGCUGUGGAGAUUCAUGACUUGCAGAGCUUUGGCCUUGACAAUAUCAACAUGACCCACUACAUCAAGCACCUGUCAUUCGGGGAGGACUAUCCAGGAAUUGUGAACCCCCUGGACCACACCAACGUCACUGCACCCCAAGCCUCCAUGAUGUUCCAGUACUUUGUGAAGGUGGUGCCCACAGUGUACAUGAAGGUGGACGGAGAGGUGCUGAGGACAAACCAGUUCUCUGUGACCAGGCAUGAGAAGGUUGCCAAUGGACUGCUGGGUGAUCAGGGCCUGCCGGGGGUCUUUGUGCUGUAUGAGCUCUCACCAAUGAUGGUGAAGCUGACAGAGAAACACAGGUCCUUCACCCACUUCCUGACGGGUGUGUGCGCCAUCAUUGGAGGCAUGUUUACAGUGGCUGGACUCAUUGACUCGCUCAUCUACCACUCCGCUCGGGCCAUCCAGAAGAAAAUUGACCUAGGGAAGACAACGUAGUUCUCUUCCUUCCCCACCGCUCGCCCUGCCCUCUGCCCCCUGUGAGUUUAUCCUUCAGCCUGUCAACUACCCAUACUCCUCUCCUCCUCAGUCAGCCCAGCCCAGACCGUAAUUCAUAAUAAAUAUGAAUUGUGAUAGGAA